GUUAAAUACCAACUUGUUUAAGAACAGCACAGAAGAUAUUCCACAGACGUCUAGUUUAGCAAGUUUGCUGGCUCAGAGAGAGUGAGAAAAAGGAGAGAGAGACGGACUGAAGAGAAGGAAAGUGAGAAUAGCCUAAGAAAAACAGUUUCGUCGAUUCUCUUUAGGUCAAUAAUUUACGCAGGGCUCAUGGAGUCGGCCAUUGAGACAGUGGUGGAGGUGUACCUGAAGUUCGCCGGGACGAAGGAGAACCUGAGUCUGAACGCCUUCCAGAGGAUGGUCAGGGAACAGCUGGGCAACAUCAUGACGGACACGGACAGUUCCGGCGGCAUCGAGGACGUGUUUAGGAGGCUGGACGCCAACCACGACGGGAAACUCAGCUUCCCGGAGUACAUGACCCUGGUGGGGUACCUGGCGAACACGCAUAGCGAAGGGAAAGUCAAGGACCAGGAGGCGGCAGGGGGCGCACCGGCAGCUCAGGAGAUCCAGUAGACCCCUUACCCUGCCAGGCCACGUUCACACACCCCACUCCACCAUGUUAACAUCCAUCCAUUAUCUGAACCCGCUUAUCCUGAUCAGGGUCGCGGGGGGCUGGAGCCUAUCCCAGCAUACAUUGGGCGAAAGGCAGGACUACACCCUGGACAGGUCGCCAGUCUAUCACAGGGCACACACACCAUUCACUCACACACUCAUACCUACGGGCAAUUUAGACUCUCCAAUCAGCCUAACGUGCAUGUCUUUGGACUGUGGGAGAAACCGAGUACCCGGAGGAAACCCACACAGACACGGGGAGAACAUGCAAACUCCGCACAGAGAGGCCCCGGCCGACGGGGAUUCGAACCCAGGACCUCCUUGCUGUGAGGCGGCAGUGCUACCCACUGCACCAUCCGUGCCGCUCCCAUGUUAACAUGUGCCAGCUAUAUACCGUAAUAUACAAAUCAUCAUACCCCAGUAUAACCUUACACUGCAUAACUUGAUUAAUCCGUCUCGCCAUUUUGCAUUUGCUGCUUGUUUUUUUUGCCAGUGCAAGUUGUUUUGUUUUUGUUUUUUUGCAUUGGGUGGCAUAGAGAGGCCAGGCUUAGUGUAAUGCCAAAGGGAAGAUUUGGGCUGUGUAGAAUUCUGGAAGAUUGGGCGGUGUAGGAUUCUGGAAGAUUGGGCUAUGUAGAAUUCCGGAAGACUGGGCGGUUUAGAAUUCCGAGAGAUUGGGCUGUAUAGAAUUCCUAAAACUGUUGGAGCUGUUCAUGGGUGCUUCCGGGAGAAUGAAUGUGCUUUGUGAGAAGUUUACACUAUCUGACAUAGUGGCUUUUACAGACAGGAGUACCGCAAGCUUUUGUGCAUUUUGCAUUGCUUAUUUUAAUUUUUGAUAUUACGCAUAAAAUUGUGUUCAAUGGAUGCUUUUUCCAUCUGUAAUCUGUGUUCUAUAACCCCCCCCCCCCCCCCCCCAAGGGACACCGAAGCCUCUCAGGACAGCAAAACCUGAGCGAAAUGGACUUUCUUUUUUCCCUAUUUCUUGGUGUUUUAAUCCACUUUUGUUUUCUUUGAAUUACAUAUUGAUUUUUGUUGGAUAUUCUGUGUUUUUUGUGACCAUUUUUGAAUCACUUUUUCUUAAAAUUUGUUUUUCAUUCAUUUUGAUGUCUUUGCUCCCUUUGGUUUAAGUGUUUGUUUAAAUGAUUUGCUUUGUGUUAUUGAGUGUGUUUUAAAAAAAGAAAAUAGUUUUUAAAUUGUUAAAAGAAAUUAUAAAAACCAAUAAAACAACCCCGUAUCGUUUUA